CUCUGGUAUCAAUUUGUCAUCCUACGUAGGUAUGACGUUGUUUUCUACGGCAAAAUCGCGCGGCGUACUGUAUAUUUAGUUGUUGGCCCUCACAGACUAAUGUGGCUCUCCAGAAGUUUGUCUGAGAUACUCUUUAGGAAGGAAUAAACUAAUACAAUAGAUAGACUGAAAAAGAAACAACUUCUGACGUUCAAAAUGAGUGACGACACAGACUCCCCUCCUGAGAGGGAAAUGAAGGAUUUUCAGUUUCAUCAGAUGAAGAAAGCAAGAGUGUUUGCGCCCAGUGAGGAUUUGCCAAAAGAAAGAUCUAGUCUUCUCACUGUCUCAAACAAAUUCGGUUUAACUUUUGUUGGGCUUGACAGAACAUUCAAAGUUUAUCAAACUAAAGACAUUCUUGCUGCUGACAAAGUUGAUGGGAACUCCAACGAAAUAGUCAAUGGGAUAGUAACGUUGGCGGAGGUGACUGUCGAAAUUGCUCUGCACCACUUGGCUCUAAGUUGUGAUGAACUUACUUUAUCAGUAUGUGGCAUGUCUGAGGAGACAGGUUUGUCUCUCACAUUCUAUGAUGUUCGCACGUUCAUGAACAAGGCGAGACCACAGAAGUUACCUUUUGCAUCAUUGCAGCCAGCUGUAGCUCCUGGUACCUUAGUGCAGGACCUGAAGUGGAAUCCUGGUCACGCAUCCACUUUGGCUGCUUGUCUGUCUGAUGGCAGUAUGAUGAUUUUGGAUGUUACUGACAGUGUCAAAGUACAGGCACAGCUACCUUAUUCAAGUGGCAUCACAUGCAUUUGUUGGAGUCCAAAAGGAAAACAAGUCGCUGCAGGAAAAAUGGAUGCAACAGUCAGUCAGUAUACACCAGCACUCGAAGAGAAAAAAGUUAUCCCAUGCCCACACUUCUACACUGCUACAUCUGAUGACCCUGUCAAAGUUCUGGAUGUCCUGUGGCUAAAGACCUAUGUGUUUGCAGUGGUUUAUGCUGCUGCAGAUGGGUCCCUUGAGACCCCUCCUGACUUAGUGUUGAUCUCCCUCCCUAAAAAGGAUGAAAAGGUUGAGACAAAGUACCUGAACUUCAGUGACCCAGUGUAUGGGAACUGCACUGAGCGACAGCACCACUACUUCCUUAGCCACAUAGAGGACUGGGAACUUGUGUUUGCAGCUUCAGCAGCUUCCAUUGAGGUCAGCGUCAUAGCCAGACAAGAUGACAAGAUCUGGGAACUUUGGAUCCUGGAAGAUGCAAGUCGGGCUGAGCUUCCAGUGACUAAGACAAAUGAUGACACUCUGCCACUUGGCUUAGCCAUAGACUUCACCAGCCAGCAGGAGAUCUUCAUCAGUGAUGAGAAGACCCUCCCUCCAGCACCCACUAUGCUAAUGCUAUCCACAGAGGGAUUACUUUGCCCGUUUUCGCUGCUCAACCUCAAUCCUGGGGUUAAGCAACUGGUCUCACCACCCACCCUUCUUUCCUCGGAGGGGGAGAGACUGCCCAAGCUAGGUUCUUUGGUAACCCAACCACCCAAAAUUGCUGCCUCCACCAUGUCUGCUCCAGCAGCAUUCCCAAACCUUGGUUUUUCUUUGCCAGCUGCUUCCACUCCUCCAGCAGCUGCUUCCUCUUCCUCUGCUGCCUCAUUCAGCAUUGUUCCUACAGCUCCUGUGUCAUCUGCAUCAGCAAGCUUUACUUUCUCUGUCCCAGUCACAUGCUCCACCUCAGCUUUCUCCAUGGGGGGAGCCAUACCUUUUGGCUCAGGAUCUUCAGGCUUUAAAUUUGCUUCCAAACCUCCCUCUGACACUCCAUCAGCACCUUCAGCGUUUUCUCUAAGCCCAGCUCCCAUCAAGCCAUCAGCAGCAGCCGCCUCAGUUCCAGCACCCCAGGGCCUUGCCACUGCCUCCCCACCUAAUGUGAAACUGAAUUUAAAUGACAGGUUUUCAGCAGUGGAGGUCCCAACAUCAGCCCCACUGACUUUCUCCUUCAGUCCCUCGCUGCCCAAAACAGUCGCCUCCAAUUCCAGUAGUUUGACUGCCCCUUUGCACUCAGCCACUAAACCUCCAGCUGUAUUGACCCCGGUGCAUCCAGUUCAAACUAGCACACCACCCACAGGCAUCCAGAAACCUGCACCUGCUGCCCAGGACCAUGUCCAAACUCCGCAGGCAGCUGUUAGUGUGAAAGCCCUGGAGAAGCAAUUACAGCAAAAGAAAGAGUCUGAUCCCAUAAUGGCUGCUAUAUUAGAAGAGAUUGCACACUUCCAGAAGGAGUUGGACGACCUUAAGGCACGGAGCACAAGAGCUGACUUUAAGAUUGGAACCAAUGAAGAGAUGGAGGAGUUGAGGAAGAAGUCAGAGGACCUUCAUAUUUUCACCCUAGAAAUCAAGGAAACUACAGAGUCUCUCCAUGGGGACAUUGGGACACUCAAAACCACCUUACUGGAAGGGUUUGCGGGGGCAGAAGAAGCAAAGGCCCAGAGUGAGCUGAGCAAAGACAGAAAUUACAGACAGCUGCUGUACAAAAAACCUCUGGACCCACGCAGCGAGGAACAGCUUAAGGAGAUUCGCAGGCUGUACCAGUAUGUUAAGUUUGCUGUGGAAGAUGUCAAUGACGUGUUGGAUGUAGAAUGGGAAAAACAUCUGGAAAAGAAGAAAAAGCAGAAACACAUGGUCGUGCCAGGACGUGAGGGUCUGUUCACUACACUGUCCAAUAACCUGUACAUCAUCAACCAGCAAAAGAACAGAUUGGACCAGUUGGUUAAGGAACUCACUUCACUGCAGCUCUACAAGACUAUCACUCCAACUCUAAGCCACAGCACUGCCACAACAAGCGCUGCUGGUUUAGAAAGCGAGCUUGAAAAUUUAAAGGAUGCGCUGCUGAAAACCAGACUGGACACUACUCCUCCCAAGACCAAAUCCAAAUUUCCAGUCAAAAUCUCACCAGGGAAACAGCUCCAGCUGCGCAACUUCCUCUCAAAGGGGCAGAUGCCUCCUGUCCGCUCAACUGCACCAGCCAACCUGUCUCGCUCAGCCUUCCUCUCACCUAAAUACUAUGAGGAUUUGGAUGAUGUAAGCUCUACCUCCUCCUUGUCCCAGUCCCUGGACCCUCACCCAAUUCACCUGGAACUGGAGGAUGACGAACUACAGCCAGAGCCCCUUCCCAUGCCAGUCAUACCCACAGCUUUGUCCACCCCCCGCCACCCCACAGUUGUUAGGACCCCCUCUAUCCAGCCAGGUUUUACAGCCCACCAAUCCACCCCUUUAACCAAAAUUCAGUCAGUGCAGGGUAUGGGCUUUGCACUCAGCCCUAUUGCCAGUCCCGUUCCUGCCAAUAAGAUCAACCUCACUGGGGCUGAUAGCACUGCUCUUGCUACAAAGACAGUAAAACAUGGAGCCCCACCAACAGAGAGGACCAUACCUGUCACCAUCCCUGCCCGUCAGGCUGCAGCCGAAGCUGCUCUACACAGGGGACACAUGCUUCAAAGGCUGCAUUUGAAGACCAGUUGCAUCAUAGAGUCACGACAAGGCUGUCCUAUUUCAAUGGCUCCUUCAAAUGCGGCUGAGAAAUGCCCGGUCAACAAAGGCUUCAGCUGGUGGGUCCUUCAAGGCCCAUCCUAUCCCAAAAUUCUUUGCACACCAACAGAGCAGCUGUCAAGGUUGCUAGCUGUAAAUGAGUCCACUAUGAAGACUGUUCCUCAGGUGGUUAAUGUUCAGGAGCUCAAGGACAAAGGGGCUACUGUGCCAGUUUCAAAUAUCAUCAGCUCGUCAGUACCAGAGCCAGCAGCUCAGAUCUUUGCAGCAGUUUCCUCCAACCAGGCCAAACGAAAUCCCACCCAGGGUAUCCAGAAGAUGUCCGCUGAGAGUACAGCUACCCGCCAGGCAAAUUUUGUGUUUGGUCAGCCGUCCAAAACAGAUGUGUCUGUGGCUCCUGCUAGCUCAGCAGAGCAAAGCACCAGCAAAGGUUUCUCCUUCACUACAGGGUCAGCAGGUUUCAGCUUUGCUUCAGUUACACAGGGAGCUGGAAUGUCACAAGUGAAGGAUGUGAAUAAAUUAUCCUUUGGAAAUGGCAAGUUGGUGUUUGGCCAGACUGGAGAGGAACCAUUCUCCCUCACCCCAAAAUCCACCUCCCCUGCUCUGGGCACUGUGUCUCCCACUCCAAACACAUCAACAGAAGCAACCAAACCCACCUCUACCACAACUUCCCUCAGGAUAGAGCCGCAACCCCCCAAGACAGCUGGAGGAGAGACUCUGGGAAGUUUCUCUGAACUACGUGUGGGACAAGAAGAAGCUAAAGAUUCUUCCACCAAACCUGCAGCUGCGACAUUCACCUUUGGGAGCACUGGAUUUGGCUUGGCCAAGGGAGGGGCACAGUUUAGUUUUGAUGCAGGUCUCCAAAAGUCUGCAGAAGAUUCUAUAGCAACAGACUUGUCCAAAGGGGCAGCAUCAGGCAGUUUAUUCAAGCCUCCUGAAUCCAGUACCAAGCCAGCCUUCCCUGUUCCCCAGCCUGGUCCUGCUGCCUCAGCUUUACCCAUAUCAUUCGGUGGUCUUCUUGCAGCGUCUUCGGACUCCUCAGAGGAAUCAAAAGCUUCCCCACAGCCUUCAGAACCUACACCACCCGCUGACAAAGAUCCUGUUUCUAAACCUGCUGUAGAGAGCACUAGUCCCCCUGUAGUACCGGCAUCUGCAGGGAAUGCCACCCCAACGCCCGCCCUUCCUUUACCCACGCCCGCCCCUACCUCAGACCCUCCCUCCUACAUCACUGCACCAGCUGAAGCAACCCCUUCAGCACCAGCCAGUGCUGUAUCCACAACAGAAGCCACACGAGACAACACCACCACUGCUCCUGUGACUACUUCAGCUGCUGCCACCCCUGCUGUAGCACCCGCCUCCCAGCUAGCUCCACCACCAUUUCCGGUGCCCAAUUCUGACAAACCAGGCUCCAUUUUUACUCAGCCUGCUCCUGCAGUAACAGACAGCAAUUCCAUUGGAGCCACACCAGUUAUCAUUACAGUUGCCCCUACAGUCAGCACUCCCACCCAUACUGUUAACAGUGUCACAACUACUAAUACCAGCACUGUGUUCGGGCAACCUGCUGCACCUCCAGCUUCCUCAGCCCCUUCGGCCCCUGCAUCCACAGGAUUUGGCUUGCCUGGUUUUGGUACAACAACCGAAACUACUUUUGGCAAAUCUGUGUUUGGCCAGGUGAGUGGCUUUGGCCAGCCUACCAGUGGAACAUCCAGUGGCUUUACCUUUGGCCAAUCAGCAUUUGGAGCAAGUUCUAGUACUGAGGUGACUGGAGGAGGAGGAGGAGGAGGAGGAGGUGGUCUUUUUGGUGCAUCUACUGCUAGCAAUGUGAGUUCCUUCUCCUUUGGAACAAGCAGUGCCAACACGGCCAGCAGCACUGGCUCAGGGCUGUUUGGGCAAGGCACAGCCCCUGCAUUUGGUCAGAGUUCUGGAUUUGGUCAAGGGUCUGUGUUUGGCAGUAACACCACCACAUCAUCAUCCACAGGUUACGGCUUUGGACAGCCUUCAGCUUUUGGCUGUUCACCUGCUGCCCCUGGUUUUGGCCAGCAGCCUAGCAGUGGAAGUGUAUUUGGACAGCAGCAGCCGUCAUCUGGUGGGAGUCUGUUUGGUUCAAAUUCAGCCAAUGCAGCAGGCACAUCUGCUGGUGGAGGGUUUUUUAGUGGCCUAGGAGGCAAACCGAGUGAGGAAGCCGCCAACAAGAACCCAUUUGGCUCCACUGGCUCCACUGGAGGGUUUGGACAGUCUGCUCAGACAGGUACCAAUAGUCUGUUUGGGAACAGUGGUGCCAAAGCCUUUGGUUUUGGACAGUCUUCGUUUGGUGAACAGAAACCUAGUGGGACCUUCACUACAGGAGCAGGAAGUGUCGCAUCCCAGGGCUUCGGCUCAUUCUCUACUCCAACCAAACCAGGUGCUUUUGGCAGUGCUCCAGUGUUUGGGAGCCCCCCAGCAUUUGGUGGCACCCCAGCGUUUGGUGGCACAGCAUCGUUUGGCACCAGCCCUUCCUUCAGCAACGCCAUGGGAUCCUCAGCUGGUAAAGUGUUCGGAGAAGGAACAGCUGCUGCAAGCAUGGGAGGAUUUGGGUUUGCUUCACCUCCCAGUGCCCCAUCCUUUGGUGCUCUAGCCAAUCAGAGCACUCCGUCAUUCGGGACCCUGGCCCAGCAGAGCUCUGGGUUUGGAAAUCAGCCUAGCAGCUUCUCAGGCUUUGGACAGCAGCCACAAGCGGGAGGGUUCUCCGGAAACACCUUUGGGUCUGCAAACCAAUCAAGUGGACAAACAUUUGCCACCUGGAGAAGCUAGUCUUAUUAAAUCUCUGAGUCAGAUGCCACCGCUGCAGUACAUUCUGCAAUCAGGCUCUUUGUGCCACACAACAGGAGGAAAGGUGGAAGGUUGUGAUGCCUUUGGGUUGAAGGGAUAAUUAGAGUACAUUAGAAGAUGCUUUUUUUGCAGAUAACAUUUGUAUAUUUUUGAAAAAAUAAUUAUUCAAGCUGUGUGCAAAGUGCAGUUCAUUCUCAGUUUAUGCUGUGUAUUUUCUUGAGGUAAAAGAACCAGGUAUUUGUAUUCAUACAAGUACAGGACAGGUCUGUGUGAGGGUCCUGGAAAAAAACAUUUUCAGCUAUAUUUGUGAAAAUAAUCCUGUAAACAGGUCAGUGACCACAUUUAGAAAGUGUAGUUACAUAUUGGUGAAAUUAAAUGAGUUGGCCACACUUCAGUUUUAUAUUCUUUAUUAUUUUAACAUUCAUACUCCAUUCAUGCCUUCUGUCUAGCAUUUUAAAAGACUUUUCUGCAAAAAACAAAAAAGGUUCUUGACGUUUCAGUCUUUCAUGGAAUUACGUACAAUAUUCUCAGUUACAUAAAAUACCGUUUGUCCAUGGACUUGAAUGGAUUUAUCACAGAUGUACACACAUCAAGAAUGAACUAAAAUUAAAUUGAACACAUUUUGAUCUAUGAGAAAGAACUGUGGUUUGACAUUUAAAGUUGUUUUCCUCUUCACGUGUUUUUUGGAGUAAAUCCCCUCAAUGUAUAUUUUUACAAGAAAAAGUAGAAAUAAAUGACAUCGACCAAACUAA